UAUUGGUCAUAAUUCUUCAACUGGGGAACGGUUUUUGAUAAAUAUUCUUUUGUUUUCUUGGUAUAGUGUACGUAUGUGUAAUUUGUACAUUUAUUUAUGAUGUUUUGAAUAAGAUUUUAAGUGAUUAAAGUGCUAGUUUGUAGUGUGUGUUUUGUGGCAAGAUGUUAGUGAUUUUUGUAUGCAGUUUGCUGGUGACAGCUUGCAAUGGUUCCAUUUUGAGAAACAGAAGGUUCCCUGAUAACUUCAUCUUCGGUGUGUCCACAGCUGCUUACCAGAUCGAAGGAGGCUGGAAUGCAGAUGGCAAAGGCGAAAGCAUCUGGGAUUACUUAACACGUACGAAGCCUACCCUAGUUAGAGACGUUUCUAACGGUAACAUUGCUGCUGACUCCUAUCACAACUACAAACGUGAUGUCGAGAUGAUGAGGGAGUUAGGCCUGGACGCUUACAGGUUCUCCCUCUCCUGGCCUCGGAUCCUGCCCACUGGCAUGACCAAUGAGGUCAACCCAGCUGGAAUUGCUUACUACAACAACCUUAUCAAUGAGAUGAUGAAGUAUAAUAUCACUCCAAUCCUCGGCCUCUACCAUUGGGAUCUCCCUCAAAAACUUCAAGAGCUAGGAGGCUUCACUAAUCCCCUAAUAGUCACUUGGUUUGAGGACUACGCGAGGGUUGUCUUCAAGAGUUUUGGAGACAGGGUCAAGAUGUUCAUCACUUUCAAUGAGCCCAGAGAGAUCUGUCUUGAAGGCUAUGGAUCGGCUUCUAAAGCACCCAUCGUAAAUUCCACGGCAGUUGGAACUUAUUUGUGUGCGAAGAAUCUGCUGAUGGCCCACGCUGCAGCUUAUCAUAUUUAUGACAAGGAGUUCAGGCCAAAUCAAAAUGGACUAUGUGGUAUUUCGAUCGGCGCUCAUGAUUAUGUUCCAGCUACUAAUUCUUCUGAAGAUGUUUUCGCUGUAGAAAUAGCAAGGCAAGGAGAGUGGGCUAUAUUUGCUGAUCCAAUAUUCUCAUCUGAAGGAGGAUUUCCAAAGGAGUUAGCUGAAAGAAUUGCUGUAAAAAGCGCUCAGCAGGGUUACCCUCGCUCCCGUCUACCAGCAUUCACUGAUGAAGAAAAGGCUUUUGUCAGAGGAACUUCAGAUUUCUUUGGAUUAAACCAUUAUACUGGUUACCUGGUAUCAGCUACUACGCAUGCGUGGAUAGGCCCUAAGCCAUCUUUAGCGGACGAUAUGGAUAUUGGAAUGUAUAAAAAUGCGUCUUGGCCUAAAUCUGCUGCGUAUUGGCUAGCGAUGGCACCAAACAGUAUUUACAACGUCCUGGUCCAUUUGAAAACCAGAUACAACAAUCCAGUUAUCUACGUCACGGAGAAUGGAUGGUGCACCAGCUGCCAAAGUGGGCUCAAAGACGAUGACAGGAUCAGGUAUUACAGGGCUGCCUUGGAGAAUGUUCUGGAUGCCCUGGACGCUAGUGUUAACGUCAAAGGCUAUAUGGCGUGGAGUCUCAUGGAUAAUUUCGAGUGGUUGCAGGGUUAUACUGAAUGCUACGGUUUAUACCAAGUGAACUAUUCGGAUCCAAUGCGCACGCGCACACCCAGGAAGUCAGCGUUCGUAUACAAGCACAUCAUCAAACAUCGCGCCGUGAACUACGAAUACGAGCCAGAGAGCAUGGUCAUGACUAUCGAUGAGGGACACUGUCGUUCCCUCAUGUCUGAGGAUCGUGGUCAGCAUCAGGAUUGCAUCUGGAGCGGAUUUUCUGCUUCUAGCAGUUUCUGUCCAGCUCGUCUCUUACGGCCGUGCAAAAAGAACGAGUCUCUUUAUUUGAUCGAUCCAUCUCAUUGGACGCCCACGCGAUCUCUUGCCUUCGGUGUUCCCAAGUACAAUCAACUUCUUCAGAGCUACUCAGUCGGCUUUAUCGCCAAUAUGAAGCUGCUAGUGGUCUUGAGUUUGGUGGCGGCAGUCUGCCAUGCCUCUGUCGUGAGGCAGCAGCGUCGGUUCCCUGAUGAUUUCCUCUUCGGAACCGCUACAGCCUCCUACCAGAUUGAAGGUGCCUGGAAUGAAGAUGGUAAGGGUGAAAACAUCUGGGAUUACAUGGUCCACAACACCCCGGAAGUCAUCAGGGGUUUAUCCAACGGCGACGUCGCUGCUGACUCCUACCACAACUACAAACGUGAUGUCGAGAUGAUGAGGGAGUUAGGCCUGGACGCUUACAGGUUCUCCCUCUCCUGGUCUCGGAUCCUCCCUACAGGCAUGGCCAAUGAGGUCAACCCAGCUGGCAUCGCUUUCUACAAUAACUACAUUAAUGAAAUGCUGAAGUAUAACAUCACUCCUCUGAUCACGCUCUACCAUUGGGAUCUUCCUCAAAAGCUGCAGGAGUUGGGAGGUUUCGCUAAUCCCCUCAUUAGCGACUGGUUCGAAGAUUACGCGAGGGUUGUAUAUGAGAACUUCGGUGACAGGGUUAAGAUGUUCAUCACUUUCAACGAGCCUAGAGAAAUCUGUUUUGAGGGUUAUGGAGCGGCCACCAAGGCUCCGAUCCUAAACGCCACUGCGAUGGGAGCUUACUUGUGUGCCAAGAACUUGGUCACUGCUCACGCUAAGGCCUACUAUUUGUAUGACAAGGAGUUCAGACCAGUGCAGGGUGGCCAGUGCGGUAUUACCAUCAGUGUAAACUGGUUUGGACCAGCCACACCGACUCCUGAAGAUGAGAUGGCUGCUGAACUUCGAAGACAGGGCGAGUGGGGAAUCUACGCUCAUCCCAUCUUCUCAGCUGAAGGAGGUUUCCCUAAGGAACUCUCAGAUAAAAUUGCCGAAAAGAGCGCUCAGCAGGGUUACCCUUGGUCACGUCUGCCAGUGUUCACUGAAGAAGAGAAGGCUUUUGUCAGAGGAACUUCAGAUUUCUUCGGAGUAAACCAUUACACCGCGUACCUGGUGUCAGCUACUGAACGUAAGGGUCCAUACCCUGUGCCAUCUUUGCUGGAUGAUGUGGACACUGGCUCCUUCCCUGAUGAUGACUGGCUCAAAUCUGCGUCUGCUUGGCUUACACUUGCACCAAACAGCAUCCACACAGCGCUGACCCACCUGAACAACUUAUACAACAAACCAAUCUUCUACAUCACCGAGAAUGGCUGGUCUACCGACGAGAGCCGAGAGAAUAGUCUCAUUGAUGACGACAGGAUCCAGUACUACAGAGCUUCGAUGGAGAGUCUCCUGAACUGCUUGGAUGAUGGUAUCGACCUCAGGGGGUAUAUGGCUUGGAGUCUGAUGGACAACUUUGAAUGGAUGGAGGGUUAUAUUGAGCGUUUUGGCCUGUACGAAGUGGACUUCUCAGACCCUGCGCGCACGCGCACACCCAGGAAGGCAGCGUUCGUGUACAAGCACAUCAUCAAACAUCGCGCCGUGGACUAUGAAUACGAGCCAGAGAGCAUGGUCAUGACUAUCGAUGAGGGACACUGA